UUGAUUCAUCUUCAGUCAUGGCGGCAGAAGGUACUGAGGAUCUCAGUGGCAAUGGAGAAAUGGAAAACUCUGCAGAAGAGCUCAGUGACUCCGAAGUCACCGUGGCUCCAAUAGCCGAGACCAGCCUGGCCGCUGAGGAUGCCGGGGACACGGCUAUGGAGGGAGUGGAGACCACGGCACCCUACAUGCCUGCAGCGGAGGGCGAGGAGGAGGAUGAAGGCGAGGUGCCUGCAGACUUCGAGAGACUGUGGAAGGCUGCCCACGACAACCCCCAAGAGUUCUCAAGCUGGACAGACCUGUUGCAGUAUUGUGAACAAGAGGGACACAUGACCUCGUCCCGGCGGUCUCUCAAUGCCUUUUUGGAGCGAUACCCGUUGUGUUACGGCUACUGGAAGAAGUUCGCAGAUAUGGAGAGGCGAGCUGGAAACAAUGUCAAGGCUGAGGAGGUGUGUGCGCAAGGUUUGAAGGCCAUCCCUUUGAGUGUGGACCUCUGGAUUCAUUAUAUCAACUUGUUACUGGGAACGCUUAACAUGAACUUGCUGGAGUCUACACAGCGUAUUCGCAGUGUGUUUGAAGAGGCGGUGGAGGCAGCGGGGAUGGAGUGGCACUCUGAUCGGCUGUGGGACCUGUAUGCGGAGUGGGAGAAGGAGCAGGGCAACCUGAAGGCCAUGACAGUGGUGUACGACCGCGCACUCAAGAUGCCCACCCAGCUGUACCGCGGACACUUUGACAAGCUGAAGACUCAUAUCAACUCCAACCCACCGCUGGACAUCCUGUCCGAAGAGGAGUAUCAGAGUCUGCGAGCGGAGUACAAGCAGAGCCAAGCUCAGGGGGAGGGCUCCAACCCCACGGAAGAGGAGGAGGAAAGACCACCGGGAGAGGAGCCUACAGACAACGACGACGGAAAAGACUCGGAGGAAGCUAUUCAAAAGAUGCAGGAACUCCUUGUGGCUGGUAGAGAGAAGAUAUUCCAGGAGAAUGAAGCAGAGGUUCGCAAGAGAUGGACAUUUGAAGACGCUAUCAAACGGCCGUAUUUCCACGUGAAGCCCCUGGACAAGGCCCAGCUGAAGGGCUGGCAUGCCUACCUGGACUGGGAGAUGCAAGAGUCCAAAGGUGCUCAUGAUGCACCACCACCUCCACCUCCACCAGCAGCUCCAGCCCCAGAAGCAGCCACAGAGGAUGGGGAGGCGGAGAGUAAGGGAGAGGUGGAGGAGAACCAACAGCCGGAGCAGGACACUCCAAAGGCGGCCGUAGAGAAAGUCUCUAACCACAAGAGGGUGCUGGUCUUGUUUGAGCGCUGCCUCAUCGCCUGUGCUCUCUACGAGGAGUUCUGGCUCAAGUAUGUGCACUACCUGGAGCAACACGGGGUGGAGGAGGCACGCGGGGCAUUCAAGAGGGCCUGUGAGAUCCACCUCCCCAGCAAGCACACCAUCCACAUACAAUGGGCCACCUUUGAAGAGAGGCAGGGAAACGGCGUGGAGGCCCAGCGCAUCCUCGAGGUCCUGGAGCGUGCCACGCCGGGCCUGGCGGUGGUGCGCCUGCGUCGGGUGGGGCUGGAGCGGCGCCUGGGCCACCUGGAGCUGGCGGAGACCCUGCUGACGGAGGCGGUGGAGCAGAGCAAGGAGAACCGGCAGCUGCACUCCUUCUACUCCAUCAAGCUGGCCCGCCUGCUCCACAAGCUGGGCAAGAACGCCGCACGCGCCCGCACCGUGCUGCAGGACGCCAUCACACUCAGCCCAGAGAACAGUAAGCUGCAUCUGAACCUGCUGGAGCUGGAGGUGUCGGGAGACCCGCGUGCCAACGGGCCCGGCGUGCAGCAGUGCAUCAGCCGAGCCCUGGAGGCGCCCCUCUCCCCCCGCACCAAGAUCCUCUUCUCCCAGCGCGGCCUGCAGUUCGCAGAGGACUUCGGCACCACCAUCCAAAGCGUGCUGACCAUAUACGACGAACAUCAGAAGCUUCUGAAGGAAAUCGGGCCGAAGAAGCGCGGAGCCGAGAACGGGGACAGUGAUGACCAGGACGCCAAAGUGAGUCGCCCUGACGAUGUCGCUAGUGUCCAGACCGCCCCGCCCGCCAUGCCACCUGCGGUGCCCCCUCCCCCGAUGAUGGGAGACAUGAGCGGCUCCUAUGGCAGCUACAGCAGCUGGUACCAGCAACCUCAGUAUGGAGGGUACAGUGGAUACCAGAACCCAUGGAAUCAGUACAACCAGUAUUACCCGCCCACCUAAGCUGAACGGCCUGCUCGACACGCUGAAAGGCCCAGGAAGUUAUUAUGGGUACUGUUUUUUUUUGAAGUCACGGGGGAUAUG